AUGAAGAAUCAGAAGAGCCUGAGGAACAGUUGCAAGAAAGAUUGUAAGAAAGAUCUCAAGAAAGGCCCAAAGGAAGGUCACAAGGAAGGUCACAAGGAAGGUUCCAAGGAAGGUCCUAAGGAAGUCCCCAAGAAAGGCCCCAAGAAAGAUCGCAAGAAAGGUCCUGAGAAAGAUUCAAUCUGGAUUGCCUAUCAAAGAUAG